AAUUGACUGAUGACAAAGUUCCAGUUCUGAAAAUCGCCCCUAAAACGCCAAGUCAAGGAUAUCUCAAUGUACGAUAUCAUAGCAUUCUUGAUUCAUGCUUCAGCAUGACUAAUAAUAGGGCUUAUUGAUGUGCACUCCUUCUUGUUUAUCGACCUUUGAAUACUACUCUGAGCAAUUACAUUUCCAAGAAUGCUAAUAGGGAUUGUGCUUUACAAACUACAUUGUAAUAUACGAAUUGCAACAAUUUCCUUUAUUAUCAGAGUUCUCACUUAUUGUCUCGAAAUGAUCGGGCUUGGAUUUAACCUGAUCUCUCUUUAUGAAGUAAAUGGGCUUGACCUCGCUGGAACUAUAGUCCUCAUAAUUUUACAAAUAGCUUCAUUACUUCUAAACAUAAAAUUAAUUCAUACAUUCUGGACAUAUGUUCGAGCAGGUAUUGAUCCUGACGUUUAUGAGAAAGCAAAAUCGCAUCAUGAAGAACGAAAAAGGGAUAGAAGUGCACUCAACCUCUUGCAUAAAAAUCAAUUUAACAAUGGCCAAAUAGAUUACAAGAAGAGUCUUGGUAAUAUCCUAGGCGUGAAUAAGGACAAAGAGAAGAUCCGAACAGUCAACAUCAGUGAUGAAGAAAGUAAAGUUCAUAUCCCGCAGCAAGAAUCUGAGAUAAAGAUCAAAGAGAUGUUCAAACACUCUUCUGAUGAAAACGAAGAGUUUAGACCCAAAAAUAUUGUAGAGAAUAUCAAAGAUGAAAUUAGUAACAACAAGAGUAAUAAUAAGAAGAGUUCAUCUGGCCACGGUAAUAGAAGUCCUGCUCUCUUAAAUAAGAGCAACAGGUCACAAAUCUUCUUUGAAGAAGUAGUGUAAUCGGCUAUGUUUUGUGUAAUAAAAUCGUAUAAUUUUUCCUAAGAAGUAACUAAAUGUG